AUGAAGCUUGCAUCGGCUUCUUCGAAUACUGCCCCAGUCGUAGAUCUGGGCUAUGCUAAGUACAGGGGCUCGACAACCUCGGCAGGGGUCAUCCAGUUCUUAGGAAUGCGAUAUGCAGCUCCACCGCUUGGGAAUCUUCGUUUUCGUGCUCCUCAAAAUCCGUUAAAGGAGAAACAAACACAGGAUGCGACAAGCCAUGGAUCGGUUUGUCUCUCCGUCCCGCAAAAGUACUCUGUACUGCAGUCGACCUCCGAGGACUGCCUUUUCAUAGAUGUACAAGCACCCGCUUCUGCAAAUAGUUCAUCGAAGCUGCCAGUGAUGAUUUGGUUUCAAGGCGGCGCUUAUAUAUUGAACCUCAACGCGGAUUACAAUGCCACGGGCCUGAUCCAGGCAAGCUCCGACAAUUUCAUCGUGGUAACCUUCAAUUAUCGAGUUGGUCUCUUUGGAUUCCUAGCCAGCCAAGACGUCAAAAACGAUGGAGACCUCAAUGCCGGACUUUCAGAUCAGCGAAAAGCAAUUAUUUGGGUCCAUAACCAUAUUUCAGCAUUCGGCGGUGAUCCCGAGAGAGUAACACUGUUCGGUACAUCCGCUGGUGCGGGAGGCGUUCUAUUGCACACUCUAGCGUAUGGUGGAGAAAACACAAGCAAACCGCUCUUCUCGGCCGCUAUAUCUGCCGAUCCCUUUGUCCCCGAGAUCUUUCCAUACCAGCGGCUCGAAUUCCAGUACCAGGAAAUCCUUAACGCAACCAAUUGCUCGAGCCUAGAAUGUCUGCGCCAUCUUCCUACAGAUAGCCUGCUAGCCGCCAAUAUCAAUCGCCCCUUUCCAAGACAGACUACUUCGCCGCUUUUUUACUUCAGCCCUUGCGUGGAUGGGAUUUUCUUCCCGGAUCUGCCGAGCAAGCUUCUUGCAGAUGGUCGUUUCCAGAGGGUGCCCCUCCUCCAAGGCACCGUCACCGACGAAGGAUCCAUCUUCGCUGCAACCGCCAAUAAUACGGAAGUUGACCAAUUCGAUGAAUUCCUCAGCGCCCAGUUCCCAGACUUAGACACGGAUGGCAUAGACGUACAAUACUCGUACAUUCCACUCAACACCACUUCGCAAGCCUAUUACAACCGAGCAUCAUUCGCCUACGGCGACGUCUCAUAUACUUGCUAUGGCCUCUCUUUCGCUGCCGCUUUUGCAUCCGCCAACCUCCCGGUCUAUUCAUGGCUGAGCUGUGUGGGGCCCGGGGAAUGCAGGAAUUGUGCCCGUCGUUCAAGCGUACUGGACUAG